ACCUAAUAAAUGCACGGUAGUUGACAGAUGGAGAAAGAAGAAGUAGGACCAGAGAAGCAACCACCUGACAAAUUCAAAGUGCCAAACCCUAAGCCCAGAAGUGCUUUUAAACGUGUUCCAAAACCAAUGUCCACCUCCUCCCAAGGUGUGACUUCUAAAUUGAACCAGGCUGGUUCUUUGAAAGACUCAACAUAUGGCUAUAUAUUAAUGAAAGCUUUGAAGAAUCCUACUGAUAUUACCCCUAAUGAAAAGAUGAUUCUUGUAAGUCAUCCAGUCAUAGCUGAGCUGAUCGAGCAAACUAAUGGCAUGAAGCAUACGCAAAAGCUGAGCUGUUAUGUCAACAUUGACACUAUCUUUAAUUACCAAUAUUGCCACAGCGCUGAAAUCCCUGUUCUUUAUGACUCCCAUGAAAAGUGAUCUUUUUAAUGAGGAACAGGUGCUUCAAUACACGCCUCCCCAGGACGAGGAGAAACUUAGUGACAGCACCAAAGGAUACUCUGAUAAAAACUUGAUUAUUGAUGAAGAGGACAAAAGGACCAUCGGCAAGUACACCUUGAAAGAAAGAAGACAAAAGAUCAGAAAAUACAAAGAAAAACUCAAGAGGUACAGGCUCGGCCUUUCGAAUACUUCCAAUAAAUACAAGAAGAGGAGUAUUAUUGCAAAAACUAGACCUCGGAUUAGGGGCAAGUUUGUGAAGAACAGUCAAUCGGCAGAGUUGGCUGCUCGUUAGAAGGUUUUAUUAUUAAUCUUCCUAAUGACUAGUGGACGAAAUUUACUGAGUAAAUUGAGCCACUCAUUUCAAUUCU